AUGAUCAUCAAAGGUUUAUGUUCAGCGGGGAAGGUAGUGGAAGCCGAGACAUAUUUUAUCAGGUUGGAAGAUAGGAGCAUUGAAGUCGAUUUCGCCAUGGUGAAUGGCUACUGUGAAGCAAACCUUAUCGAAAAAUCCUAUGAACUAUUCCUUAUUCUGUCAAACCAAGGAAAUAUUUCUAAAAGUUCCUGUUUUAAGCUACUUGAUAAACUCUUCAAGGCAGAUGGCAUCCAAGAAGCUAUUAUGCUGCUAGACACAGUGAUGGCUCUUAACGAGGGACUUAGCAAAAUAAUGUAUUCUAAAGCAAUAGCUGCUAUGUGCCAAGAUGGGAAAUUGGAAUAUGCUCGUUCUUUGUUUCAUUUAUUCAUCAAGAAAGGAUUUACGCCUGAUUUAAUAACUUACACGAUUAUGAUAAAUACAUAUUGUAGGAUGAACUACUUGCAAAAGGCCCAUGAACUCUUUAAGGAUAUGAAGAGAAAAGGGAUAAAACCUGAUGUCGUUACGUAUACAGUUCUACUUGAUGGGAACUUGAAAGCAAAUUUAAGAAGGCAUUCCUUGUCUCCAAAUUUAAAAAGAACACGGGACAUUUCUUCCAUCUUGAGUGAGAUGCAGCAGAUGGAAAUAACUCCAGAUGUUGUUACUUACACUGUUUUGAUUGAUAGUCAAAUAAGGGCGGCUAACUUUCAAGGUGCUAAUAGGCUCUUCCAUAGAAUGGUUGACAGAGGAUUACAACCAGAUGCUGUAACAUAUAGUGCUAUGAUUUUUGGCUUUUGUAUCCGAGGGCACAUGGAGAAAGCUGAUAAACUGUUUAAGGAAAUGUCUUCCUAA